AUGUACCAACAUGGCCUGUAUGACAUCUGGCGCUGCCUUGCACCGACAGAAAGAGACUACACCCAUUUCUCCAAGCCCCAUAACUCCUACUCCAGGAUAGACUACCUCUUGUGUGAUUCCUGGACCUUGGAUCAAUUCUGUGCCCCACGUAUUAGACCAUGCCCCUGGUCAGACCAUGACCUUGUCAGUGCUGGGUGCUCCAUCUUGCGCCCCCCGGACUCCAGGCCCUCUUGGAAGCUACCUGACCAUCUCUUGUCAGAGGGGGAAAUCCCUCAGCUAGUGGAGACAAUCUCGGAUUUCCUGAGACAUAAUGACACGGGUGACACGACCCAGGGAAUCCUGUGGGCCGCAUUCAAAGCCUACCUUAGGGGCCAUUUUAUAAAAAAAAGCGCAUCAUUAAAGGCUAAAAACAAGGUUUCCCUUGCUAAGCUCUAUGCGGAACUGAGACAGGCAGAAUUGACUAACAAGUAUUCUCCCACUCCCACUAUGGGCGACCGAGUUGGCGCUAUCAGGGAGGAAAUUGCCAAGAGAGAGCAACUACGAGUCCAGGCAACCUUACUUCGACUCAGACAGGUGUAUUUUUACAAGGGGAACAAGGCAGACAGAUUGUUGGCCCGUAAACUCAGGGAUCGUGCGGUCCAGGCCAGAAUCCCCAUGAUUUCUUCGGCGACUGGCGUAGUCCACUCGCCUAGAAGCAUAGGGAAGGCUUUUGCUGACUACUAUGCUUCCUUAUAUGACCUUGAUAGCAAUUCCUCGGGAUCCAGAGACUGCAGAAUAGCUGCUCAGCAGUUCUUGGCAAAGUUGAACCUCCCCUUCCUAACAGAAGACUCAGCCGAGGAUCUAACUGCCCCAUUCACUUUAGAGGAAAUCAAAACAGCCAUAUUGACCUUGAAGCCCCACAAGGCUCCAGGUCCAGAUGGGUUCACGGGCCUCUUUUAUCGUUCCCUUACCCACGUACUGUCUCCUAUCCUACUCCAUCUUUUCGGUGAGGUUAGAGAAGAGGGAGCUUUCCUUCCUGAGUUCUUGGAGGCUAAUAUCUUGACUAUACCCAAGGAGGGGAAGGACCCAACGCUCUGCGAGAGCUAUCGGCCCAUCUCCCUCAUUAAUGUAGAUGUGAAAAUCUAUGCCAAGGUCCUUGCGACUAGGCUUGGAAAACACUUGCCCUCUUUGGUCCAUCUGGACCAGGGGCUAACAAAUAUUCGACUUGCCCCCUGGAAAGCCCUAGAGGUCACCUCCUUGAGCGACUUCUACCUGAAUGAGAAACUUCUCAUGCCGCAAGACAUGCUGUCUAAAUUCGCUAUUCCCAGAUCCCUCGAGUUUGACUUUAUGAGACUGAGAUCCCUGAUGAAAGCCUGGGGUUUCUUAGUUGACAAACUCAGAGCUCCUACCAUCUGGGAGAUGAGAUGGAGGGCAAACCUCCAGCUGAGCAAACCUCUCACAGCCCAUUAUCGAUCCCUAAUGGGUCCUCCCACACUGGAAAUACCCUCUAACUUUAAAAAUGAUAAUGAUCAGAGGUACCCAAGAUCUAUCCGAAGAACCCAAGCACCUCUUCAGACGAAAAAGCAACGCUUGUGUAAAGCUGAAUACUCUUAUACACCAUUAAAAGCAGAUGAGUUGGAGCUUGUGGCGGGGGAAAUCUUUGAAGUUAUAGAAGAGAUUGAAGAUGGUUGGUGGUUGGGUAAGAAAGGUGAAGUAGUUGGAGCUUUUCCGUCAAACUUUGUGCAAGAAAUUACUGAGCCUCCAACAGAUAAGGUGCCAGAUCUGAAGAAAAACAAUAAACAAAGGCCGAAAAUGGCCGACAUCAACUUUGCUCCUAAGGACAUAGAGAAGGCUCAAGAAAAUAAACCUGUAGUGAAGAAUCAAAAUAAAGACCAGGCACCACUACCACCCAUAAUCAAGGAGUUCUGCAGGGUUAUGUUUGACUAUGAACCAUCUGCUCCUGAUGAACUGACAAUGAAGAAGGGAGACAUGGUGCUAAUUCUGAGCAAGGAGACUGAAGAUGAAGGCUGGUGGAAAGGUGAAAUUAACGGAAGGAGUGGCCUGUUCCCAGACAAUUUUGUAAUAUUGCUGCCUCCAAAAUCUAAUAUUAAAACCAAGAAGCUCCCCACACGCAGAUCAGCCAUAAAAGCACCAGUAGCUAAAGCCGAAGUAACUACAAUGGACAAGAAAGUUGCAGAAGUCAGCAGACCAGAGUCUCCUGCCUCAAAGGGCCAGAAAGAUCAAAAAGAUGCUAAGAAUAAUUCCACACCUAAAGUGACAAAUCAACCAGCAAAGAAAUCCACUCCACCUCCACCAGUGCCAAAGUCCAAACCAAAUCCUGUGCCUACUGCAAAACCUGCCUCUGAAACUCCAACAAAACCUGUAGAAGAUACAACGGUAAAGUCCAAGGACUCAAACCCUACUUUAGAUGGACUCAGAGUGUCAUCUGUGAAGCUAGCACAUCCCACAGCAGACAGACCAAAGAUGCCUGGCAAACGUUUACCGAAGAACAAGACAGGUCUACCUGAGAAUGUAAUCAGUCUUCCAGAACCUGUUUUAAAAAAGAAUGAAGAACAGGUGAACUCUCACUGUAAAAGUCCCACAUCAGCAAAGGCUUCACCUAAGUUCUCCACCUCCCCGAAUCAAGUACCUGUCCCAACAACUACAAAGACCAUUACACGAACACCUUCAACAAACAGCACGCCCAAGAGGAGUCCAGAGCCUACGGAAAACCACGUAACACCUUCCCAGACUUUACAAAUAGAGGAGCUGAUGGCAGAGAUAAAAGCACUAAAACUCAUGAUGGAAAUGUUGAAAAACAAUCAUACGAAAGACAUAGAAACUCUAAGAGGAGAGAUAAAUGAAGAACGAACCAAGAGAACAGCAUUGCAGUCAGAGAUUGAAAGCCUGAAGAAGAUGACUUCAUCCUAGCGCACCAACAUCAAGAUACCUGAUUGAUGACAAGCAACAUUUAAUGGGCUGUUUCAGAUCACAGAAUAUGUAGAUGGCUCAGAAGACAUCAUUUAAUGUUUACAUAAGAAAGACACUAGCUCAGCAUAUACAAAAAGUACACUGUGAAAAUAUGCUGCAGAUUUUCCAUCUAUCUUGUUGGUUCUAAGCAUCAACUUGUGUAUUCUACAUCAGUUGUGACCUCUUCUGCUGGGCAGCUGUUCUAUGUAUUUAAAAACACUGCUUCUUUCAUUGUAAACUGCCUUUUUGCUUUACACUUAAAUGAAUUCAAGGAAAUACUGAGGUAUGCUUCUCAAAUGGAUAAUCAUGUUCCAGUGAAAACUGCAAUGGAUAUAUAAAAUUAAAACUGAAUAUCGCUGAAGAAUGAGUUUAUGGGCCCCUUUUGGGGCUAGUGAGGCGUCAUCUGCUAAUUGUAUUUAUCUUUCUCAAAUUACUUAACCAAGUUGUAUGAAAACAGGGCUUGUAAACCAUACUGGGCAAGUCAGCCUGGGGUGAUUUAAGUUUCUUACCUUUGAGGUGGUGAAUAACUUAUAAAGCAGAUCGCUUCAUCUUAACUUGCAUAUGCAGACUUGUACACACGGGACGGCACCACAUGGGCUCAGAAUCUGCUUUUACAGCUUGAUAAAUAGACCAAUAUCUCUUUCCUGAUUGUUAAACUGGAUUUGCAACAGUGGUGUAUAGUUCUACAUCACUGUCAAUCCCAUAGAAAAGUGGUUAUCACCAUAGUCCCAACACAACAUACCAAUAAAUCAGGCUAUCCCUGUGUACAGAUGAAUUUGUCUGCAUUCUUGAGCUAUACGGAUUAUCUACAAUUUCAUGGCUUGAGAUAUCCUGAAAUCCUGGCAUUGGGUUAUUUGACUGUGUUUCUAAGUACUGACUUGCAUACAUAAUUUAUUGCCCCUUAUAAACACAUUUGAAUUUUUUUUUUUAAAGUCCAUUAAAGCUAAAUAAAAUACUUGUAAAAAUGCCUGAGAAAAAGACUUAAAGGGACACUAAACCCAACAUUUUUCUUUUAUGAUUCAGUUAAAGAAUACAAUUUUAAACAACUUUCCAAUUUACUUCUAUUAUCUAAGUUGGGUCAUUCUUUAGAUAUUAUUGUUGAAAAAAUAGCAGUGAACAUGGCUGAGCCAAUCACACAAGGCAUUUAUGUGCAGCCACCAAUCAGCAGCUACUGAGUCUAUCUAGAUAUGCUUUUAAACAAAUGAUAUCAAGAGAAUGAAGCAAAUUAGAUAAUAGAAGUAAAUUAGAAAGUUGUUUAAAAUUGCAUGCUCUUACAAAAUCCUGAAAGAAAAAAAUUGGGUUUCAUGUCCCUUUAAGUAUUAGAUUUCUUGUUCAAUCACCUAAGUACAGCUGCUAAAAUAUGGAACUGCCAAUAUGUGCCUGACUGUACAUGAUAAUAUAUAUAUAUACAGAUUCAUAAUACAGCCAUUAUUUUCUUAAAACAAAAAGUGCCUAUCUAUUUACAUAUACAUAUGGAACAUUGGCUAAGAAGACUUCAUGAUAAUAAAAGUCUCUAGCCAAUUGUAUGGUGGAUGUAUACUAUUGCUAUUUGUCAGUCACAAACAUAUUUUUUUAUAAUUCAUUAUACUGUUUGAGAUGCAUGCAAAUUUCUGACUGCCAACUGUAUAAAAAAAUAUUCAAUAAAGAUGCAGAUAUUUAUUUCA